AUGAACUUUACGAGGUUCCUUGGAAUAAGUCAGGGAACACGCCCUAAUGACCCCCUGGCCAGACUCCGGUUCGCGUUGGAGACUAUGCCAGGUAGCCGCAAACACGUGUUCUCGAAUGGCACAAGAGCCGAUGUACUUAAAGAGCUCUAUGAUGCUAUGUGGGGAAAUUAUUCACAUUUAUUCGUCACCUGGGGAGCACCCCUGGCACCAGACGUCCUAUUAGGUGACGCACAACGGGAGAACAUUCCCGGAGUCGACGAUCUUCCUAUUCCUGGACGAGGAUGUGGUCAUAUAUUCAAGCGUGGAGAGAGUUGCUUCAGAUGCAGAGAUUGUGGGCUGGACGAUAGCACUGUAAUGUGCGCCCGAUGUUUUCAUGCCACGGACCACACCUCCCAUAAUAUCUCUUUCUCUGUUACUCAGCACCCCGGAGGAUGUUGCGAUUGUGGGGACCCCGAAGCGUGGUCCGUUCCUCUAAAUUGCCCACGCCACCCUCCAGCCCAAACACCAUCUACCACUCAACCUUAUACCCACUUUCCUCCAAAGCCGAGAGACAGGCCCCGUACAAAUGUUCCGCCGGAGCUGAGAGACAGUUUGGCCAGAACGAUUGGAUACGCUUUGGAUUUCCUGUUGGAUACCUUGGAUUUCUCACCCGACGAGGCAGCUCCACCCGCCGAGGCCGAGCUUGGACGACAUCCUACUGCAGACCCAACACCUACUGACCGGUUCUCGGUUAUCCUUUGGAACGACGAGAAGCAUUCCUUUGACGAAGUUAUACACCAUUUGGUCGUUACUACCGGGAUGUCGCAAAUCGAGGCCGUGCAAACCGCGAACAAAGUAGACCAGGAAGGGCGAGAUAUUAUUCGCACUGGAGAAGACGUGAACCAAUUGCUUAAGAUUGCUGACAGCAUCAAUUUAAUUGAUAUUGGGGUAACAGUCCGGCGCGCGUAUGACACUUUCAGGGAACAAGUGGCUGCUGUUAUUCUGGAGUGGCUCCUAGAUCUUACUAGCGCACGAAUCGGACCAGAUGGUACUGUCUUGCGAGAAAUUGUUGCAACCGAGCUAUUUGCCCCCCGGAAAAAGGAUACUAGCUCCUUAUCGAGUAGUCCUGAUGCCUCGAGGGUUUAUGCGGAGCUCAAAGAUCCUGCACGAAUUGAUUGGUUGUUCUUGUACCAUACGAGAUUAUGGAAGCGCCCCAGGCUACAUUUGAAACAAAUCUAUGUGUCGGUCUUGACGUUGAGCCACGAACACAAACUGACAGUUGCCACGCAUUUUGCAGCAGUCUAUCAUCGGAUAGUAGACGCUUACCUUCUCGUCGAUCGCGAAGUUGAAACUUCAAUCAAAUACUUUGCGGUGCAGCUAUUCACUGUCCCAUCUGUUGCGGGAUACAUUGUCAAGCAUAACAAUCUACUCCCUCGGAUUCUCUCCCUUCUCACAGCUUUCUUCACCAAUCAAAUCGACGAGAAACGCAUCAGACCACUUCAACCAGGCCAGCCGAUUCCGGCACUCGACAUAGAAUCGUUCCCAUUCAGGAGUAAACGGAUUACGAGUGUAUUCAAUGAUUUGAGGUACCUUGUCUCCACUCCACCCGUCCAACUUCACGUGGCGACCAGCCAAGAGCCUUUGAUCCACGUAUUGAAACUUUGCAAGUUAUUCUUUGGCGCAAACGCACAGAGGAGAGCCGCCUCUUCCCAUGUGGAGUACGAAACCGACGCUUGGAUCAGUGUGUUCAACGCUUCACUUUCCCUCGUGAGGAUAGUCCGCGCUGUGGGCGAGGCCUUCCAAAAAGGUUCGACUUCGGAUCUUGUCCGCGCUAUCGAAACAGUCACCCAUCAUAUAUUGGUCAUUUGCACACUCUCUGAACCACAUCUCGACCCGUCUAAAUAUUCUGUAAAGUGGCACCAAGUCCAGCUCGGGUCUAAGGAAUACCAGGUGUUGCAGUUUGACGUAGCGAGCGAAUGGGUCAGCUUCCACCACUCGUUGCAUUGGUUGUUGGCCGAGUUGCUCAAGCAUGAAGAAUUGCUCGAGGAAGACAAGCUGAAGAGUGUCAAAGGUUUAACCGAGCCCACGUUGAGAGGAGUGGUUUUGAAGAAUAUGAGUCCCAAGGGUGCAUUGACUGUACUAGAUUUCCCUCUUAGGGUCAUUGCAAUGGUCGCUCAAAUCAGAUGCGGUCUCUGGGUUCGGAAUGGUUUUGCUAUCAGAGGCCAAUUACUGCACUACCGAGAUUUCAUGCUUCGUGAACUAUGCUACGACUCGGAUGUCUUUCUUCUCCAGGCGUUCUUAACGAUACUCGACCCAGAUCUUGUACUCGUCACAACACUCGAUCGAUUCGGCUUGCUCGAAUACUUUAACGGCGCUCUUACCCACCCUCUCUACGAUAGUGUAGCUCUACCGGCAAUGGUCGAAGAGUAUCUCUAUGUCCUUAUCACCGUUCUUUCUGAACACUCUCGCACCACCCCCGUUAGACGCGAAAUAGUACAUGGUCUAGCUCUAGGGCCAUGCUCAUAUACCGAACUCACAAAACGCGUCGCUGAGCGACUGGCAGACGAGUCCGCUUUUGAUGCUGCAUUACGGAGCGUCGCCAAUUUCGAUUCCAACCAAGGGAAAUACGAACUACGUACCGAGUGCUACGAUGAAGUCAACCCAUUCUUCUUCCAUUACACUCGUAACAGGCGAGAGGAAGUCGACCUUAUCCUUCGUAAACGACUCGACCCCAAGAACCCUGGUCAAGCUAUUAUCGAACCCCGACCAUUGGGUCUUGAAUCUGGCCCAUAUGUUGGAUUGACGAACCUCUGGGAACGAGAAACCUUACUCCGAAUUGUAUACUUUUCGCUCUGGGGUAUGGUUGGGAUCUUGGAACGCGCUGGACCGACGCCUCCUCCUUCAGCAGAUGCGGUCCUUGAUCAGAGCUUGCACCUUAUUAUGCUUGGGAUUGUCGAACAACCUGUCCGAUGGGCUCGACUUGCUGCUGAGACCAAGAUUUCCGAUCCGGAAACUAACAACGAACAGACGCUGAUCGAGCUGCUAUGUUCUUUGGAGAAUAAAGAGCGGUUUAAGCCCCUUGAAGCACGGGUUGGUUGGUGCCUUGACAAGUUCAUGGCCCACAUCCCAGAAGCUAUCCAAGCACAUCGGGUAGUCAAAGAAGACACUGUGUCCGCCGAGGACCGCGAAAGGGCCAAGAAAGCAGCCGCUCGUGCUCGUCAAGACGCUAUCAUGAAACAAUUCGCGGCCGCCCAGAAGACAUUCCUCGAGACCAACUCGUUCGAUGGCGAAAGCGAUGAAGACGAGGAUGAAGACCUGCCUGCGCCCGAGAACGGGGGCGGUGGAUUCGGGAGUUGCAUUGUUUGCCAAGAGGAACUCCGGGCCGGUGCAGGACAGAGACCAUUUGGAGCUUUAUGUUUCGUUCAGCCGAGUCGGAUGGUUCGAGUCGUACGCCGUCUCGGAGGAAAGGUACUUGAAGAAAGUUUACAAGCACCGAUAUCACUCGAUAGGCCCUCAGAGGAGCCCAAAGCCGACCAUAAGGGCAAGGGCAAAGCAAGUGACAGGCCCGCCGGGAUACUCGAGGGUUGGACCAACACGGAUACCAAAUUCGGGCUCGUAGCUCAGGCGUGCGGCCAUAUGAUGCAUCAUGAAUGUUUCUCGAUUUACUCGCAAUCGGUCGAACAGAGGCAUGCACAGCAAAACACGCGGAACCACGCGGAAAACACGGGCCGGAUGGAGUACAUUUGUCCCCUUUGCAAAAGUCUCGGGAAUGCACUCGUACCCGUUGAAGGGUCCUUGUUUGCAUCGCAAGGCGCGGCAGAACGCCUUCCACCCCUUCCAGAAUGGCUUCGCCUUGUUCGAGUCGAGCUUCUUCGUCCGAAUUCUAACUACGGCCAACGUGCGCAUUUGCAGUCUGAUGACGAUGGCGCGCCCGGUUUCUUGUUCUGGGGUGCGGAAGAUUCGGGCUACCCGCGGUUGACGGUUCAAGUUAGAGAUGGAGACCACCGAAUGGCGGACACUGUUCGUGGGAUAUCUCGUGCAUUGUCAUUGCAGACCAUCCAUCUCCGCCCUGACUCGGGUCGCCCGUCUGGAACGCCAGGAAGUGGGAUGUACCUCCCCGAGUAUUUGUGUGCCUAUACGAUUGCGGCGACGGAAAUUAGCUUGCGCGGACAAGGCACAUAUCCAACCGUGGUGCAUGGGCUGAGCGACGCCGCACAGCAUACUGUUCGAGGCAUUAUUGCCUGCCUCACGAAACUCGCUGCAUUGCAAUUAGAUCCUAGCGGGGACGCUGCGGCCAACAGACCGAGUAUCCAAGAAGCGAUUCUACACCCCGUUCUACCCGAGUGGUCGCGGAAACGAAUGCCAUUCUUGCUCAGAGACCCAAUGGUCGUGUUGGUCGAAGUAGCUGCCGUUGCACCGGCCUUACUUCCUUAUAUGGCUACUCUAAUGUAUUACGCGCAUCUUGCUCGAAUGACCCUCACGCUCGUCGCACAGCUUGAUCGCGUACCUUCAGGAGCUCUGCUCGGAAAAGAAGAAGCAACCCCGCUCUUGGGUGACAUCACGACGUUCACUACCUCGGCCGUGAGACAUUGUCCCAAGUUGGCCAUUCGAGCUGAACAAGUUCUUGCGACAACGCCUGAUGGAGCUCUUGCCCGCCUCGUGCAUUCCUUAACCCUUCCAUUCUUGAGGCGCACGGCAAUUCUGAUGAAGGCUGUGUUACCUGGCUGCAUUCAACCUGGGGAUGCAGAAGGGUCCGGAGAGUAUGAACGACUGCUUGCGAUGCUCAAGAUUCCUCCUCCUUCUACGAUUUCUGAACAUGGCUAUCUUCAAUCAUUACUCCAGAAUUGGAGCCAACACUUUGGAAUGUACAUGAACCAGGUCGGGCUUCAACCCAUUGCCCGAAUUGAAUAUCCCUCUCCGUACAGGCUUGUGCAACUUCCAGCUCUGUUGGACGAGUUGUUUGCGGAACAGAACACGCUCAAGUGCAAGCGAUGCAAGACUGUACCCUUGGACGCAGCCAUCUGUUUGUUCUGUGGAACAAUCUGUUGCUUCCAGAGUCACUGUUGUUUUGAUCCGGAGGACACUUCGAAGGGAGAGUGCAAUAUGCAUUUGAGAGAGUGUGGGGGAGCAGUCGGUUUGUAUUUCCUCGUACGUCGAUGCGCGAUUUUGUAUCUCUCUGCUGGGAACGGGAGCUUUGGACAGGCCCCAUAUCUUGAUGUUCAUGGUGAAGUUGAUUAUGGCAUGCGUCGCGGCAGGCGUCAAUUUCUCAAUCCUCAAAGGUUUGAAGAACUUCGCCGUGUAUGGCUAAUGCACGGAAUCCCAACAUUCGUAGCGCGUAAACUUGAUGGAUUGAUGGAUUAUGGUGGCUGGGACGGAUUGGGAUUGGUUAUUGUCUGGCAUCCUUCCAUACUCACCUUCUACGCAGCAAACACAGCAAUUGAGCAAGUGGCGAUGAACAGCGAGCAAGAAAGGAAAAGGGAUAGGCGUUUCUCUGUGCGAUUCGAUUCGAGUGACCGCCCAGCAUGUCAGACGAAUGUGUUAGCUGGCAUUGGUGUUCGCGUUGCUUUAUAUGCGCAGAUCGUUCUGGCUUGGGGCAUGUCUCUUUAUUGGCCUGACACCUUUGUCAGGAAUUCCCGUGCUGCUUAUAUGACUGCGACAGCGGUUUUGGUUUCGUCCCUUAUCGAGUGGAAAAAACAGGGAUCAAGCUUGUUGGACGCCGUGGUUGUCUCACUGAUGACCAGCAUCAUGAUCAUAUUUAUCGUCGUGUCCGGCACGACGCGUGAGAAGAUCAAAAUCACUUCUGGCCAAUCUAGUCAAGAUACCUCCACUGGUACUGGUACUAAUUCUGGCACUCGUGAUCAAACCAGUAUACCCACUGAUAACCCUCAACCCUCGAGUACCAUUACCUCCAAUGCGCCACAGCCCUCCGCCGUACAACCGGGCAAUACCCAACAUGCAAACGCCUCAAGUACCACUCCAAAUUCUACACAACCUGCUCCAUCAACUCCACAACAAUCAAUUGCAGGACAGAAGGCUGCCGUACAUACUGCCGAAUCUUCUUCACUUCGUCCGCGAAGAUCAAAUACUCAAUGGUUCAUUCGCUUUUGCUUCGUUAACCUAUGGGGUGGCUUCUGCUUCAACCUCUGGAAUGAUCCUGCUCACUUCGGACUUCAAGGCCCAAAGGCCAACUGUACUACCAAUAAUGACGUCAUAGUCUGGGUGUUUGGGGUCGAUGUGAAAGCUAACGUUUUAGACCCCGUUUACAACUUCCUUGCCACGAUUUCGUUGAAAAAGGACAACACGACACAACCCACUAUUGGGUCCAGGAAGCUCCAUCAAGACCCCAUAAUCAAUAAGAUCCACUACUUCCUUCAUAUCAUUGCAUUCGGCACUCUCGUCUACCUAGUCGUUUCAACCGAAAUGACCAUUCGUGGCAAUGAUAAAAAGGGCGCGACAAUGGGGUGGUCGUACGGUCAAGUAAUCGCAUUGAUACUUCUUUCCCAACAAUUCAACGACCUGUGCUCCACCUAUAUUGAUAACAAGGAGGCUCGCCAGUCGACGCCGAAUCAGGGGCCUCAACUCGCUCAAGUUGACGCCGAGGCUCAGAACGAUAUCCAGCUAAAGAACAUGGCACCUGAGAAUUCACAAGGCCCCACUUCAUAG